AUGUGGAGAGGAGGAACAACUGAGCAACAUCAAACUGUUCAAACUGUCACAGCUGGACGUGGACAUGAUGUUACUCUGCCUUGUAAAAAUGUGAUACAAGGUCAGCAUAACUGUGGCAGUACUGACUGGAUCUUCAGUGAUUCAAGCAGCUCAGUAGAACUCUUUGACCUUGGGCAGAAUAAAGAAGUCAAACCUGAAUCAGACAGACUGAGUCUUUCUGCAGACUGUUCUCUGGUUAUAAAGAAGGUCACAGAUCAGGAUGUUGGUCAUUACACCUGCAGACAGUUCAAAACAGCAACAGGACCACAAGAAGGUCCAGGCUUUAUUAUUGAUCUGUCUGUUAUUAACAGUGAAGAUGUGAAAACAACUAAAUCAACAACAGUGAAGUUCACCACAAAAACAUCAUCGACAACAAAAUCCACAACAUCAACAAUUAAACCAACCGUGAAAAGAAACACAUGGACAACAAGAGAGGAAUUAAAGACAUCAGCAGGGACACUGACAACAGCAUCAAAUAAUCCAUCUGGAGUUCAUUCAUGGUUUAUCAUCGUUCCUGUGGGUUUAGCAGCUCUCUUAAUAACUGUUGUGGUGAUCAUCAGAUGGAAGAAAAUUAAAGAAAACAAAACACAAUGUGGCAACAACACGGGACUGAGCUUAAACCCUGCAGACACUGAAUCUGGUCCAGGAACCAAUCAGGACACGAUGUGGACUGAUGCUGAUGAUGGUGUGUCAUAUGCCUCCAUCAGCUUCACCAAGAAGAUCAAGAAUAAAGCCCGGGCUGGUGAUGAUGACACUGUGACUUACAGCACAGUGACAGCUGCCUCACCUGCUGGUGUUACCAAUGAUCCCAGUGACCUCUAUUCCGCCAUCAGCAAACCAAAGAAAUAGGAUGUUACUCAUAAAAUGUUUCCUAUUGUUUUUCUGAUGCUGCAUCAAUGUUUGGAUGAUAGAGUAACUUCAUUUUUGUUCUUUUUAAAGUAAAUUUGUAAUUUUGUAUGAUUUAAUGUUGAGUGUAAUCCAAAGGUAUGUAGACCAUGGAUCAAGCAGUGGUGUGCAUGAGUGUGAAUUGAGUCAGAAUUAGCUACUGCAGUAAGUCCAAAGAAAUGUUUUUUUUAAUAUAUCAUAAGAAUUAUUGGCUGAAGCACAUUAAUAUAUCUAAAUAUUCAUCUUUUAUUUGAUGUCUUCACAAAAAACUUUAAGUGAACUACUUAACCUCAGUUACUACAUCAUGUAACUCCUUAGUUACUGAAGAAAUCUUUAAAACAUGUAACUGACUGUAUAUUUGUACUGAGGUAACAAUCGUUAUGCUUCACGAUUGGCCUGGAAAUGAAGAAGACUUCAUUGUUACUGUCAUCUAGUGACAUUUACCUGUAUAUUAAGUGACACACUGCACAGUAACUUUUUUUUGUUUAAUUUGGUGCAUGACAUUUUUAACAAUACAAAAAAGGAGCGGUGUAUCUCACUGUGUCUAUGAUGAUAUCAAACUUCCUGUUUGUGACAUUCAAAAAACAUAUUUGACAGAAAAAACACUCAAUUUCAACUUUCACACUUUAAAAACAAAAGAAAUAAAGAAUACAAGUGAUGACAACAUGUCUGAUUGUGCACGCUUAGUUUUAAAG